GGUCAUUCUGAUUUGAUUUUCACCACCAGAUAUCUAAGCAGACAUCAGGAAUCUUCAUCCUUUGUUCUGAAAGGACACGGGAACACUCCGUGGAUAGGAUGACUUCCAAGGGCUUCAGCUUGGUGGUUCUGUUGACGAUCCUGCAGAGCGGCAAUGGUGAAGACUACUUGGUGGCUGUGUCAAAAAGAGGCAAAUACGGGUACAUCAUGUACUCAGCAGGAGAAACUGGGGGCCUGCUGGAGAUACAGUAUCCUCACCUCGCCUACAGAAGUGUUUAUGUAUUGAGUCCCUUCUAUCUUAGUUUAGUCGGUGUAAACGAUCAGAUAAAAAUCACAACUAAUGUAGAAAAUGCAGCAUUCAUUGUGAGCGGAAGUGACGAAGAUGUAAACAUUGUGGUAUAUGCUGACGGUAUAUUCUCUCCACUUCCUAUAUCUGCCCUUGGGACCAAGUACGUUUUACCUUCCAGUCUCCCCCCUAACGGUUAUUAUCAAUCCUUGUUACUAAUAGCUACACACAACAUCAGCACUACUGUUGAUAUAUUAUUUCGACUGAACAGAGGAAGUAUUUACAUUCUCAAUUAUUAUUACAGUGACGGCGAAAGAUUAUCCUUUAAACUUAAUCCGUAUCAAACGUUAUGGGUGUCCACUCCAUAUGAUCUGAAUGGAACGGUCAUUACCAGUGAACACAGCAUAGCCGUCCAUAGUGGUAUGGAAUAUGCCUAUAAGUACACGGUGUAUGACCAACUUCUGCCGGUCAAGCACUACGGUCAGGAGUAUGUGGUUGCUGUAGAUGACACCAAACUGGAGCUGCAGAUCAUCAGUGAACACAGCCACGUGCAGAUCACCUUCAGUUCUGGAGCAACAGCCUCUACUGGCGAGCGUCGUCUCUAUAACCGCUCACUUGAACGGGGAGAGAGUUUUCACUUCACCGCCACACGCCCUGUAUUGGUGACACUCAGUCGAGCAGAUGGUUACAGUAGUGCCUUCACAACUGUACCACCUGUACACUCGUACGUCACACACACAGGAGUCUGGUUAUAUUAUAACAAUGUUCAAACAAAGCUAAAGGUACUAACUGACACGAGAGCAACGGUGUUGAUUAAGGACAAAGAGGUAAACGAUCGUCUGACAUGGAGGUGGAUAGCGGGCAGCAGAUACAAAGUUGGCACACUGGUACAGUCAAAGUCACGAUAUAUAUAUUCUACGUCCAUAUCCAGCGACUUCCCCUUCACAGUUCUGUCCUUCUAUAACGGAUCGGUCUAUGCCAUCGGCUACAAUCUGUCUGCAGAGGAACCAGAACAUUAUACAGGUCCAAGUUACUUGAUGGCACUAGCUGGGUACAGUGGGCGCGACAACAAUUAUAUUCCUCGGAUACUCGCCAGUGCUGGAGAGACAGGAGGCCAGUGGCAGGUACAGGAUCCACGCUCUGGGCGAGUCUGGUCUCGGCGCUUCAAUCCGCACAACACAGAUUAUUUUUACCCAAUAGUCCAUGACAAAAACAGAUUAAUUCUUGUACUGGUGUUUGUCAGAGAUGAUACUAUUCAGAUCAAAGGGGGAAUGAACUUUUACACACUAUUCUCUCCCCUUUCUGUGUCGGCACUAGGCACGAAGUACAUCAUGUCUUCCUGUCUUCCUACUGACAACAUUCACUUGGACACAACGUCUUACAUAUUCGUCUUGGUGAUAGCCACACACAGCAAGGAGGCGGAUAUUGACGUCAUCUUCAGACUGGACGCAAACGUCACGUAUGGUAACAAGACGUACAUCGACGGGGACAUUCUCACUGUCAGAUUAGAUAAGUAUCAGACCUUCUCCUUAAACAGUUCAUCUGAUAUGACCAGAACCAUCGUUAAUGCUACUGAGACAAUAGCCGUCUAUAGCGGAACAUACGAUGUGAGCAGAACACUCUUCAUUACUUUCGAGCAAUUACUGCCUGUGAAACAUUAUGGACAUGAGUAUAUUCUCGCUAUCCAGGACCCUUAUUACGGUGAUCGCUCAUAUGUGAGUGCCAUGCCAUACCAACUUCAAGUUGUUACCGACCACAGUGACACGAGCAUCAUGUUUGAUAACGGUUCUUCCAUAUCAGUUGGUGAAGAUGGAGUGUAUCGUACACAAUGUGGGAAUCGUGAAACGUUCUACUUGAACACCACAAGGCCAGUUAUGGCCACUCUGUGUACUUUGGGAAGGUAUUACUAUUCUGAUGCAUUUGUUGUAGUGCCCCCCGUAAGCCUAUACUCCACGUUAACAACACUACAACCCCGAGGUACCGUGCAGAUAUUGACAGACCAAGAAAACAACAACGUGGACGUUCAACAAACCCAUGGCACCCUCUCUACAGUCUUAAGCCCUCCGGUGACAUGGAAGAAUCUGUCAGGUACAAGAUACAAAGUGGGAACAUUGAGAGGUAGUAGAUACACAACAACCAUCCGUUCUAAUUCUACCUUUGCUGUCCUUGGAUACUAUGCCGCCAUAUACAACGGAGGAUACAGUUUUGGGACAUAUUCUGAUACAGAGACCUCGACACCAGAUGGAAGCGGUGUCAAGUUAAAUACAGGUGGUUCCAUCCAAGAGACCUCGACACCAGAUGGAAGGGCUAUCAAGUUAAAUACAGAGACCUCUACACCAGAUGGAAGCGGUAUCAAGUCAAAUAGUGGUGGUUCCUUCCAAACUGACAGUCCAAACAACGCUGCAGUGAUUGUGGGUGUAGUCUGUGGGAUUGUUAUUGUGGCUCUCCUGGUCGCCUUUGCGGCAUAUGUAUUCUACACCCGGAGGAAGAUGAAGCCAGUUGCAGAACAAGGAGCUGAUGCUCCUUCAAUCUCCAGGAACAUCUACGUGGAGCCUGAUAUUGUCGCUGGAGGUGCAGCAGGUGAAGACACGUGCAUGGAGACUUACAUUAACUCCACACCUUGCGACAUCAAUAUCAACGACAUUUCUGCCCAAUAUUUCAAUUUCGAAUGUUAA